UACUCGAUUCUUUGCAUGGUUUUCAAGGGAUGGCGACGACUGACUCUCCUACACAGAGUCGCCUGCCCACCAACCCUGCUUUGGCAUUGUCACUCGAGUCCGCGAAAGCUGAGCAGCUGGUUCAGCAAAUCAACAAGGAAACGAAUGGGACGGAUUCAUCCUCACUGACCCCAAAGUCACCCAAAAGCCCAAUCCACCGUAUAAGUGCGCCGGGCAGUGUUCAGGCACUUGCUGUUGACGAUGAUGUCCUGUUCGCCGGCGUGCAAGGUGGCAGUAUCACUGUGUGGUCUCUCGAAGCCUACGAGCUGCUGGCCACUGUACCAGCACACAAAGAAAGUGUCCUGAGCCUUACUCUUUCAGAGGACAAAUCACUGCUAUUCUCCACGGGUGCCGACUCCAUUGUCAAUGUGUGGUCGGCGCAAACCCUCCAAAGGCUGUACUCACUCUACUCUCAUUUCGAAAUAGGCGAUGUAUUUUGUGUUGCUCAUUCUAUCAAGAAACAGACCCUGUUCUGGGGAGCUCAAAAUGCAAGCAUCCAUUGGCACAAGAUCAGCACAGAGGCUGGAGUCACGUCGCCCAGUCUGACUUUCACACCUGGUUCUCGGAAACAUCGAUUCUUCGAUUCUUUGGGUCCUGGAGGCGCAGCUAAUGUCAUCUCCGACGAAGAUGGCGCAUCGGUCACUUUGAACAAUCAAGGAGGCCGGAUCUUGACUGUUCCUGGUCGAAACUAUCUACCUUAUGCUCACAAGAGCUACAUAUACAGCAUGAUGGUCAUCAAAGGCUUAUAUAACCAUGGCAAAGACGAGGAGAUCCUCAUCACAGGCGGUGGGGACGGCACAAUCAAGCUGUGGUCGAUUGAUGCAUUAUCGUCGAAAGGAGUCUCACAGCUCACAAAGUUCAAGAACCCGGGGUCAAAUGUCUUAAGCCUCUCAUUCCGCGGCUCCUUCCUCUACGCCGGUCUUUCGGAUGGGAUAGCUAACGUCUACAACCUUGCCUCGAAUCAAUUGGUCCAGAGACUGAACGUCCAACACGGAGAUGUGAGUCAAAUUCUGGUGAACAAUAACAGCAUCUUGUGCGGAACCAGUAAAGGAUGGGUCAAGCGUUACAAUGACCACUUCAAAGAGACGGAGUCCUGGCAGGCUGCGGACGGAAAGAUCCUGGCAAUGAGUCUUACUACAACUCCUGACCACGAUAUUCUGGUAACCGGUGGCAAUAAUCGUCUGAUCUCUUUUUGGAAUGCCGAAGCUCAACAUCAUGCGUCGAUAGCGUCUUCCGUACGAAACAACGAUGAACUCAUCAAUGCCCUGCGCGAGUUCGUCGGCUACCGCACCGUCGCUUCUAAUCCUUCUUGUGUCCGCGAUUGCCACGACGCCAUUACCUUCCUCCGCAAACAAUGCAAUGCCUUCGGUGCGACCACAACCAUCAUGUCAGCCCAAGAAGGAGUGAAUCCAAUUCUGCUAGCGAAAUUCGCCGCCUCCAAGCCAUUGAAGUCGACAAAGUCGGUCCUCUUCUACGGGCACUACGACGUGGUCGAUGCCGAAGUAGAUUCAUCCAACAAGUAUCCAAAUUGGUACGGCGACCCAUUCAGUCUUCAGCCAUUGAACGGCUAUCUCUACGGUCGCGGCGUGACAGACAACAAAGGUCCCAUUCUCGCCGCCAUUUACGCAAUUGCAGACCUGGUACAACAGCAAUCCCUAUCCUGCAACGUAACACUUCUUCUCGAAGGGGACGAGGAAGCCGGCUCCCGUGGCUUCCGCAAAACAGUGCAGGCAAUACACGACACAAUUGGGCCUGUAGACUUUGUCCUCCUCUCCAACAGUUACUGGCUAGAUGACCACAUCCCGUGCCUGACCUUUGGCAUGCGAGGCGUCAUCCACGCCAGCGUCACCGUCUCCUCCAACAAACCCGACCUACAUUCCGGCAUGGACGGCAAGUCCGUACAGCACGAACCCCUGAAAGACUUGACCGUCCUUCUCGCUACACUCAUCGGUCCCUCGGGCACUAAAAUCACCAUCCCAGAUUUCUACGAGAGCGUCGAUGAACUAUCCGAAUCCGAAAUGCGGUCCUACAUGGCCAUCACAUCCGCCUUGUUACCAGGCCACUCCGAGAUCAAAAACGACAAAGGAUUCGCCCUUUCCCUGAUGCAACGCUGGCGGUACCCGAACUUGACCGUCCACCGCAUCGAAGUCCCAGAGGCCAAAACGGCAGUCACGAUCAGCGGAUCCGCCAAAGCCACGCUGUCGAUCCGCAUCGUCCCAUCCCAGACUGCUGAAGAGAUCGCUGAAGGGCUGACAUCAUACCUGCAAGACCAAUUCUCGAAGCUACAGAGCUCGAACACACUCGACGUAAGAAUCACGUCCCAGGCCGACCCCUGGCUCGGCAAUGUCAAGAGCGAGAUCUACACGGCUCUCAAAGAAGCCGUCACAGAGAUUUGGAAUCCUGAUCUUCCCGGCUCAUCCGGCCGCUCAUUCUCAUCGCUGACGCAGCAGUCACAAAACGCGAUAUCCAACACCACCAGCUCAUCUGAUUCCGGCACGAAGCGCUCAUCCCAUCGUCGUGCCUCGUCCCUUGCCACGACUGGAACAUUCACAUCGACGAAUUUGCCUAGAGAACCACUCUUCAUUCGCGAAGGAGGUUCUAUUCCGGCCCUAAGUUUUCUCGAACACGAAUUCGAUGCACCGGCCGCCAUGUUCCCCAUGGGCCAGGCUAGUGACAAUGCGCAUCUUGAUAACGAGCGGAUGCGGGUUGAGAAUCUUUGGAAGGGGAGAGAUGUGCUGAAGCAGGUUUUUAGUAAGCUCUGAACACGAGCAUUCUGUACUGCUUGUCACAAGGUAAUCAAAACGAUAGAUAUAUGGCUCGUGCCAUCGUAUGGUUCAAAGUAUUAAGGGGUUGU